CAAGCGAACAAGAUGUGAGAGGGAGGGAGGAAGAGAGAGAGCUAGAAUCCAUGCGAAAGUGAGCAGGUUUUGCAAGAGACGUCAGCGUUGUGAACGAUGCACAUGUUCGCAUGAGAGCGGGAAAGAGCCAGCCAGCAAGGAUUUUUGUCCUGGUCCGUGCGAAUUUCAUUGAGAAAAAAAGAAGCGACACCUCUCAAACAUGAGAACAAGGCAAGUUGUCGGAAGGAGAAAGUAGAAUGAGCUGAACUUGCUGGAAACUCACCCCCCCACCGACAAUGGAAUUCAUUACCUUUUGCAGUUAAGCAGCGAGAGUUCUUUCUGGUCCACACCUGCUGUUUCUUCUGCCGUGAUUCAUUUACAGAGUUUCAAAAACAAAACACAGAACAACAAUCUGACCGGAUACGACUUGACUGGAGAUCCAUCGAGAUGACUUCUUCAUACCGGCUCCCGAGUGAAAGAGCGACCAUGUUGCUGCACUGAGUCGCCGGGAGACACGAGAGUGGCCCCAGAGGAGAGCUGAGGUGGUGGCUGGCCCGUUGGUGUGCUCCUCCUCCUCCUCCUCCCCCUCCUCGACUGGACGGCGAACUGCUCCCCCUUCAGUUCACCUGAUUGUCCCAACCCCGGAAGGCUAAGGCUUACUAUGGCCUGCACUUCCCCUCCUGCUGCAGUCCAUCCUAGUACACGACCUUAGUGGCUUCUUCACCGCAUCUUCCUCUCCAGGAUUUCCCAGCCGCACUCACUGUAAAACGUGGAAAGACGAUCUGAUCCCAUCCAAAGCUCCUGGGUCCUGCACCCAACCCCCUCCCCAUCUCCCACCCUCUCCCUCUCCCAGGGGAAGAUGUCAGUCAGCUUGACCCCAGACAUCCAGAAGGAGGGAGAGAGUGGGCCACUCAUCGAGCCCUGUGGUCGAGGAAAGACCUCUCCUCAGCCACAGGGCCCCAAGGAAGGCACAGGAGAGGGUCCAGAGCCUGAAGAUAGCUCCCCACAUGAUGUUCAGAAACGGGCUCCUAACCACAGUCAUGGCAGGAAAAGGGCCAAGUCUAAUGCUAAGCUGAAGCUGGUGAGGAGUCUGGCUGUAUGUGAGGAGUCUUCUGGUCUCUUCUCCAAUGAUGGUCCCCCAGAAUCGGAUAUUAUCCAGCUCCACAUCAGUUGUCCGUCAGACAAGGAAGAGGAGAAGUCCUCCAAGGAAGACUAUGAAAAUGAAGAGAAGGAGAAAAAGGACAAGGCUCCGCGGAAGAUGUUGUCACGUGACUCCAGUCAGGAAUACACUGAUUCCACGGGUAUCGACGUGCAUGAGUUUCUGGUCAACACACUGAAAAACAAUCCCAGGGAUCGAAUGAUGCUGCUGAAACUAGAACAAGAUAUCCUGGAGUUCAUUAAUGACGACAAUAACCAAUACAAGAAGUUUCCUCAGAUGACGUCAUAUCACCGCAUGCUACUGCACCGUGUGGCCGCCUACUUUGGUAUGGAUCACAACGUGGAUCAGACAGGCAAGGCGGUCAUCAUCAACAAGACGGGCAACACGCGCAUUCCCGAGCAAAGGUUCUCGGAACACAUCAAGGAUGAGCGCAACAUGGACUUCCAGAAGAAAUUCAUUCUCAAGAGAGAUGACGCCAGCAUGGACAAGGAUGAUAAUCAGAUCCGUGUACCACUGCAGGACGGUCGGCGUAGCAAAUCCAUCGAGGAGCGAGAGGAAGAAUAUCAGCGGGUACGAGACCGGAUCUUUGCCCGAGAAGUGUCCUUUUUUUUGCAGGCCUCUCAGAAUGGAUACAUCAACGACAACAGACUUUCCACCGAGGGCUACUGCUCUAGCUCUCAAAAGAGGAGGCAGAUCUUUAGAGGGAACCGCGAUAGCUCCAGCCGGGCAUCCAGCAGUCGUCAGAGCAGUACGGACAGUGACAUGAAAUGCUUGGAACCGCGACCCUGGAGCAGCACCGACUCGGACAGCUCUAACCGCACACUGCGGCCUCCCGUCACCAAGGCCAGCAGCUUCUCCGGUAUCUCCAUCCUGACUCGCGGAGACAGCCUCGGCAGCAACAAAGGCUCGCAGGGAAGCUGCAAAGGCUCUCGCUCAGCCUCCCAGUCCAGCCGCAGCCUGCUGCCUUGCCCAGCGCAGCAGCCACAGCCCCAGGCCCUGCCACAGACUGCCCUGCUGCCGACCCCGCCGCAACAUCCAAUGGGCAACCACAUCAUUGCUCAGCCCGUAGCAUCUUUGCAGCCCUCUCAGGCUGUCUCUUACUCCAGCCCCUCCUGCCCCCAGGUUCUCCUGCCAGUUUCUCCUCCCCAGCAGUACACAAUGGGAGAAGAACUGGCGCCCCAGUUCAGCCAAAUUACGCUGAGCCGCCAGGGCUCCAGUGAGAACCCCGAGGCUCCCCCUUUGUACCAGGCUCCUCCAACUGUCCUCUCUCAGCACCCCCCUCCUCAGACCAGCUACAUCAUGGCGACCACCGGCCAGCCCAUGCCUCCUCCGUCGGGCUACCAGCCUGCCACAGGACACCCCCACCCUCCGCCACCACCACCUCCUCCGUCUCAGCCUGUCAUGCAGGCGCCGCCCCCGCAAGGCUACAUGCAGCCGCCUCCUCCCCAGCAAAUUCAAGUUUCAUACUAUCCCCCUGGUCAGUAUCCCAGUUCAGGCCAGCAGUACCGUGUGGCUCAGCCCAUAUCCCACCAGGUGUCUUACACUGCUCAACGCACGCAGCCGAUGACUCAGCCCGCACAACAGUCAGGUCUUCAGACCAUAAUGCCCAGCCAGCAGCCCAGUUACCAGGGUAUGAUGGGGGUACAGCAGCAGCAAAACCCUGCUUUGCUCAACUCACAGAGAGCUGGCAUUGGAGGACAAAUGCAAAGUAUCAUGGUGCAGUAUCCGCAGAUGCCAUCCUAUCAGGUGCCAGUGGGUAACGAGAAUCAGCAGGUGGUGCAGCAGCAGUACCAGCAGCAAGUGAUGGUGCCAGUCAGCCAGUCGGUCCAAGGCCCCGUGCCCGUUUUCUACAGUGUUAUUACACCCACACAGCAGAACAGCACAAGUCCAUCAGUUGGCUACCUGCAGGCCCCGAGCUCUGAACAGUAUCAAAUCACACCAUCACCAUCUCCCUGCAACCCACAACAAUUACAGCAGCAAUAUUCAGGAGUCCCGCCUCCUGGUCCCGGAGUCAUGGUGAUGCAGCUCAGCGUCCCGAAUGGUCCCCAGCCUUCCCAGAAUCCUCCACUGGUCCAGUGGAACCCGUGCAAGUACUACAGCAUAGAGCAAAGACCCAGCAAGCCGGGAGAGCUCUACAAAGCCGACAACACUCCACAGGCCAGCACCCAGCUGACGAGUCCGUUGGCCUCUCCGACUCAGUCUCCAGCCCCGUCUCCCUCUGGCAGCGUCAGCAGUGUCUGUCCGGGCCUGGGACCAUUACCCCUCAUUCCCCAGUUUCCACGGCCAGGAGGGACUGCUCCAGGUGACGGCCGCUACUCUCUAUUGGGACAGCCCCUCCAGUACAGCCUAUGCCCGCCUCAGCUCAUGCAUGGCCAGUCGUCAUUCAACUCCCAUCAGGGCCAAGGUGUCAUGAAACACGGUGCACGAGGGAAGAAGCAAACACUCAAAUCGGCAUCCACUGAUCUCGGCACCACUGAUGUUGUGGUGAGUCGCGUGCUGGAAGUAACGGACCUUCCCGAAGGGAUUUCACGUCCAGACGCAGAAAAACUCUUCAACCAGCUGUCGCUGUGUGGCGCCAAGAUCCAGUGGCUGAAGGAGCCUCAGGGAGGCCGGGGAGGCUGCGGACCCACUGGGGCUGCGGGCUUGGCGGGCAGCUGCGGCGGCGGCGACCCGGCCCACCUGUAUACGGUGGUGGCUGUGUUCCCCAACACCAUGGCCGCCCAGAGUGCUUCCUUCAAACUGAACAACAGCGCAGCCGGUCUCUUCAAACUGAGGGCCGCCAAAAAGAACUAUGACCUGCGCGUGUUGGAGAGAGCCAGCUCUCAGUGAGAGGAAGACAACGUGCGAACUCUCAGCGGCAAAAGGACGGAGGACUGAGGUGGGUCGGGGGCGAGGGUGGGGGUGGGGGGGGACUGCUCUUGGUGUACAAUUAAAACAAAGGAGAAAAAAAACCUAAUGUGUCAAAUGUACAAAAAGGGAAGGUGUGAAUCUUGAGGUGGUCGGUGUUUGCUUUCAACUAUAAUUUAGUCGUUGUUUUUAUUCCUCGUUUUUUGUAUUUAAGUAAUGGAAGAGCACACGGGACACGCAAGCAUGCGUUUCACCCUUGAAAUUUGUGCUGCCAUCAUAUGGAAAUGCGAUUGAUCUUACACACAUUACAGAAAUCACACACACACGUCCACAUUCACCACAGGGUCACGUAGCACACAAAGGAAAACACACUGGACAGUUGACCUCAGUCAAACCUCUUUUGUCCUCCGCUUUUUUUGCGUCUUUUCUUCUUCCAGCGCUUUUUCCGUCACCAAUCAUCUCCUGCCACCUCUUCGAUUUACACAUUCUUUCACUCUCUCCAGUCAAGUCAAUCUCGCCAUGUUUCAUGCUGCUCUUCUUGACUUGACUUGACUUGACUCUAUCUCUAUGUCUCUCUUUCUCCAUUUCUGUCUCUCGCUCUCCUCUCGCUUUCUGUUUGUCUUACUGCUGUUGUGGGGUUCUGUAUUACGCUCUUCUUUUCGGGGGAGGGAGAGGGUUCAAUAUAUUUAUAUAAGUGAUGUAAGGAAUAAAGAAAUCUAUAUAUUCAGUGAUUUUUUUUUCUUCCUCCCCAAGUGAAAAAAGUUUUUUGCCUUUUUCCCCCCCUGCUUUUCCUCCUUCCUUCCCUUUUCAUCCCCUGCUCCUGUUGCCCACAUACCCCCCACUUUACUGUCCUCUCCCACAACACCCAACUACCCCCACGCCCCCGACCACAAUGUGUUUGCGUUUUUUGUUGACAGCUGUGCAGAAAGUAUCAGAAAAUGUAGUUGAAGUGCACAAUGUUUGCAUAUGUCUACUGUAAAUUUUAUUUAAUCUGUUACUUUUGUUUGUUUUUAAAAAUAUAAAAGGUGAAAAAU